CCCACGCUCCUUCCAUUCAAUACAUACACAGCGAGGAGACAAAUGUGACAACUUAUUGCACUCUGACUGAAAACAAUGUGGAAAAAUAUAUGGAAUAAGGUGUUCAUGGUCCUGAUGGUGGGGAACCUGUUUGUGCCCACUGACACAAAGUACACCAAUAGAGAAGGAAAGUCUCGGAGACGGAAACUGGAGUCACAUCCUCGCCGGAACGCCACGUCUGUCAAAAUCUCACCGGAUCCAAUGAUGACAGGUCCAGAAUCAGGUGUGAUGCCCGGUGCUGUUGAAACUGACUUUGACAAGAGUAUUGAGGACAUGGUGUCUCAGGUCCGAAACAAUCCCAACUUAUCCAUAAACACAUGUGUGGUGGAUCGCAAACUUUGGAUGUCCAACAGUCGCAGCCUUUCUCCCUGGUCCUACAGAAUCAACCACGAUGAGGACCGCAAGCCCGUGGACAUCCCGGAGGCCGUGUGUUCGUGUGUGGGCUGCAUCAAUCCUUUCACCAUGCAGGAGGAUCGGGCUAUGACCAGCGCCCUCAUCUACUCCAAGAUCCCCGUGCGCAGAAUCCUGUGCCACCGGCCAACCAGGAAACCGACGAAGAACAAGAAAUGCGUUCCCCGUUACAGAUCGGUGGUGGAGAGCAUCGCCGUGGGGUGCACGUGCAUCGUGGGGUAGCCGAAUGGGACCAACCUUCUGCAAAUAAACCGGAUCCCAAUUGUGAAUAUCAAGAUUUUAUGUAGGGUAUAAAACCACAAACGUAGCUGUGUAGGCACCUUUUCUAUUUUGAAAAGGUGAUUUUUAUUUAAGAUCUUGAACAUUUAUUGUCGUUAAGUAUUAAUUGUUGUGACAUUUCGGGCAGAUCGUUUUAGUGGCUAUAUGUUACGGAACUGUAAAGUGUUUUUAUGUAAGAAAGAGAACUUAAUUGUGACAUGUCUACAAAAAGCCUAAUAUUAUUUUCAAUAAUAAUAAAUUUCAAUCAUGGUAUAGGGUUGUCUGUUUAAGAUCGCCCUCUACUGACCAAAAUAUAAGAAAUUGAUACAAAGAGGAGACACUUUUAUGAUUUCAUAAUAAUUUUGUUUUCAUGGUUUUCUUUCAU